AUGAUGAACUUCUUGGGCUUGUUUCUCCUACUUGUGCGCACGGGGCCGCUUCUCGUCCGUGGAGAAAUACGGUUGCACGAAGGCGACCAGGACGAGUUCAGCGCCGGUGCCUCAGCCUCAGCUUCACCACCAGACCAAACGGAAACGGAAGCCGAUACCGGAAAUACGAAGCCUGCUCAACUACUCCAGCACAGCUGGGAGCUGUCCUUUGCCGGAGACACCCACCCUGCUGUCGCCGGUGAUAACGGUAACGGGGCGGAUCCGGAUGAUGAGGAGCCUGAGAACGCGUUUAGUGUGAUGAUUCCGCGUGACGAUGCGAGCGCGGUGAACUUGACGUCGCGCGCCCUCAUCCUACAUCCUGGCAACAAUUUCGAGGCGCGGGGCGGCAGCGCCUUCAUUGCCCUGCAAAGCUGGUCCUGGUUGGGUGGUUCUGGUUCUGACCUAACCGUUCCUUUCUGGAACCUCCCCACUGACGUGACUUCCUACCUCCGCCAGUGGACCUCCGACCGAAUACGCAAAUUUACGGAGUCAUUACCACGGUUGGGGGAGGACCUCUCGUGGGACAACUUGAAGAAGAUAGGUGCAAAGCCUCAACACAGGACGAAAUUUAUAUUUGAACAAAUCAAGACGCAACUGGGGCGGUCGAUCACAGAACCGAUUCUCAAAAUGAUUAUCGGCGGAGAAUCGACCUUAGAGAACUUUUCACGCGGAACUGCUGAACGUUUUGCCGAACGCUUUCUGCUUGUUCUGAUGCCCCUCGUGGACCCCGACUCGACGGACAAGAUUGAUUCCGUCAGGGAAAUGUUCAAGAGCUAUUUUCUGAAGCCCGGCGGACUAGCGACGUGGUUGCGUCAUUACCUCGAGCAUAGACUACUCCCGAAGAUCAUUCACGGAAUUGAGGAAAGCGUUCUGGGCACGACGUAUGUGUCGAUCAAGCAAGAAGAACGAGGAGCAUCGGAUACGAUAACUACGCGACCAAGCGUAACCGACCCGGACAUAAUUGACCACGAAGCAGAAUUACUAAAAUUACAAAAGAGGGUAGAAGCGAGAGCACGAGGCAACUCAGCCUCAGCCCCGGAGCCAAUGACAGCAGCAGAGCUUCAACAAGAGAAGGAGAAGCGCAGGAAGCUUCGUGCGCGUGCUGAUCGCCAUGUUAAACAUCUGCAGCACUUAGAGCAGGAGACGCCCGAGAACAAAUUCCAAUUAAUACAAGCAAUGCGCAUCUGGAGCUGGACCACUUCCGGAACGACAUCCGGAGAAAACAGGCACGUUGCGGCGCCCUACGAAAAGGUGAGGCAUUGCUACGACGAGGAGCGCCACCCCCACGGUUCACAAUCUGCAGACCUUUGCUACGUCGACCACCACGAUGCUGCUUUUAUACAGAUUCACGCAAAUCACCAGGAGUGCAGCCAUAGCCAACAGCACGAGGGCGAGCGCCAGCACAAUCGUCAACGACGCAACGGGCAACACCAACACAAUGGGGAACUAACUCCCAUGCCCAAGACGAAGGCAGGACAGAAGCACUGCGAAACAUUGGAGGGCGUGGAGCUGUCAUUCAACACGGAUCUCUUGCCUGCGCACAAGCUACUUCAAACUGGUUUUCUGGGAAUCACUUUAGUGGAGUCGCUGGCCGAUGUUAUGAGCGAGCUCUUUCUCGUCGCGAUCUGGGAGGAGUUGCAGGACUCAUUAUUUGCGUUCUUUUUGGACUCCGCACUGGUGGUCGUCGACGUGAUAAUCAGCACACUCGCUUAUCUUCUUCAAGAUGUAACGGGUCAAAUAACGGAGUGGCGCAAAGCAGCCGAAAUAUCGCUCCAGGUUUUUAUUGGUAACGCGCUCUUUCAUGCGUUCGAUGUUUUGCCGCGUACUGUGAUACCACAGGCGAUUCGAGAUGACCUAGCUGACAGCAACAACGCGGAGGUGAUCGAAUCCUUUAUUCUUAUUCCUCUCGCCGCCGCGCUUCAGAAGAAGGACCAUGCCGCCAAGUGGAAUCGUGGCAAUUAUGUGGCCAUCCGGCCGGAACAAAUUCUGGAACGAAGACGAACAGUAGAAUUCGAAAAAUUUGCGUCCCGGUGGAACAGGUUUGUUAUUGUUUCAACAGGACAAUCCGGUCCGCCCGGAUCAAAUCCGCGACCGCGAGCCACAGCAGAACGAGGAGAAGGGGACUUCCUAGAGAGGAGUUGCGGCCCUGCGGCAUCACGGGCGCUGACGUUGUCUGCGCAAAGAGCGCUUGCGCGGACAGUUGGAGAUACCUUUCUGCAAUUCGCUGACGCCAGCACGUUUUUACAAAACCUCAGGGUCGCCGACCCUGUCUUAGGAUGGUCAUGGGCGUUGGCGCGGCCAGUCGUGCGGAAAUUCGCGGAAGAAGCCGCCUUUCAACUUAUCGCCUUGGCGGAGGCAUUUUCAUUGCAAGUAGCCGCAAGCGCAACAGAAACAAUAUCAAUAGAUCGUCGCAUCGCCGUAUCAAAGCUCGAAAAUGAAAUCCGUGCCGGUUUGAGCGAAGCGGUCAAGAAGAAGGUGGAAGCGGUACUUAAGGAAGUUUUCGGCGACAAAUAUCUCGGGAAUAGUGGGGCGCAAAAAGAAACUGCCGCCGCCGUGCAGCUGGCAGUUUCUCUCCCGUUGCAACCUAAACUGCGCGGUGCGACGUCGUCGCUUAUUCAGGAGAGUGACAGCAGCGCGCUGGAGCGGGACCGAGCCGAGACUCAACACGGAGCAAAGCAAAUUGCUCAUAAUAUGGCGCACACGGUGCCUGAGCUCGAAGAUGAUCUGCUUCCGCCACUCGGCCUAGUCCAUGCCAACGGAACUGAAGCCGCAGAAACCGAUCUGGAGGAGGCUUUCAUCCAGGCGAGGAAGAAACCAGCGGCAUCGACACAUGACCAGGAGAAUGCCAGCAAGACGGUUGCUGAAAAAGCGCAAGCUUUUAUCAAGUGGUUCGAAGACGAGGUUAAGAAGCUCGUCAAUGGCGGCAAUGAGUUAGGAAGACAAGUCGAGAAAGGAGAGUUCUCGUUCUACUUCUGGCUAAAGGCGGCUGCGUUGAACAGCAUCAGCGCCAGCGGCUUCAAAAUUUACAGCGCACUGGACUUUCUGGAAGAUGUUGAUAAGCUUCUCCACAAGAGUACAGCCGGUGCGGUCGCGGUCGAAGUUGCGCGGAAGGUCGCAUUAUCACAGGACCCCAAAUUUGCACCGGCUGAAGUCGCCGCAAUCUUGAACGCCGUAAGCGGGACGAUGCACAGCAGUUCAUCGCUCAAAGAAGCGGUCAGCUUUUAUCCGCUUGUAGUGCAAAAAGAAAACCCGGAGCAGGAGUUGCUGCGGGGGCUCCGAGAUGCUGUCCCUGUCCUUCACAAAUUUUUUGCGAACCCUGGGAAAACGUUGCAACGAUUGAGGGAAACGUUGCAGCGCCUGGACUUGGAAAGCACAGCAAAAGCUGUCGUCGAAGCCAUUGUGAAUCGGGGGUUGGAGUAUGCCAGAAAGUUGCUUAAAGCUCUCCCCCUCUCGGGACAUUCGCAGUCACAUUCACAUUCGCAUUCACAUUCACACUCACAUUCACAUUCACAUUCACAUUCACAUUCGCAUUCGUCACAACACUCGUUCACGCAGACCGAACACGGAUUCACUCCGGCCCGACCAGCAACUGCGUUCGACCUUUUUCCCAAGGAGCAAUUUUUCGAGGACGCACGGAACGUGUACGUGGGUUCUUCCGAGCCUUCUUCGCCGACCGAAGCCCAUUCUACGCACGAAAAACAGGACGGAAAGGUGGACGAAUGGGCGGAGUAUGAGAAGACCUCGUCCUCCUCAAGCUCGAGCCCGAUCAUAAGGAAGUCGAGCCCGCAACACGACGAACAAUCAGGAUCCGGACUGUUUCUGUUCGGCGAGGAGGAGGACGAAGAGGCGGACAGCUUUUCAUCGUAAAGUACAGCAGCGCGACAACUUCACGGGGACGAUUUCCAUAACGACGAAGUUGCAGCAUUCUCGACCCCGACCGCCUCCUCCAGUUUUACUUCCUCGACGUCCUCUAGUUCCUCUACUUCCCGUAUUAACAACAUCAACACGAGCGUGGACCUGCCGAAAUCGGAAGAGAAGGAGCAGAAGUUGAAGGAGGAGGAAGAGGAAAAGUAGAAAAAGACAGGCGGGAGGGUGGACGAGCAGCAGCAAAUGAAGCAGGUGUACGAAGGAGGUGUCGAUGACGACGACAUCUAAUCAGACGGGAAGAUAGCAAGAUUCCCAUGCUGUUUCAUCGCGACGAUGAAUACAUGUAAAGCCCAGCCAAUGCAAGAUCGAGCCCGCACCAGCAUCCUGUUUCACUAUUCUCGCGCAAAAGCAACCUCCACAUGAAGGACCCCGACGACUCGGCCCCGCCCUGUUUUACUGUCCAGCACCCUGGUCAUACACAUGCGAUCGACUGUAGUACAAAACGCAUCCACGACACCGACAAAAUUGACGCCCACGAUAGGCAGAGGGAGACAGCAACAACAUCAAGCGACUAAACGACGAAACUUUGAUGAAGCUGCGGAUCUUUCUUUCAUCGACAGUGACAGAUGUCGAAGAAGCUGGAAGAGAAAGCUGAUACUGAAGACCGAAGAUGUUCUUGCAGCGUGGUUUGGUUUUUCGAAAAUGAAGAAUUUUUGAUCUGUCUCUUUUUUGUGGAUCUUGAGAAGUAGAAGUAUGAAGACGAUGCGUCUUUCUU